AUGGCCGAGCAGGUAACGAAUGAGAACCUUCAGGUCCUUCUCACGAAGCUCAUGACCGAUCGGUUCUGCAGCCAGGAGGCGAGUGAUCUCGAUGCGUGCAUUCAGAACUUCGUCCCGCAGCGAAUCGACGGUAGUUUUGUGGAUCAGAGCCUCCAACGGCGCGGGUUAAAUAAGUGCAAGCCCUACCGGGAGGUCGUACAGCGGUGUUUAGAGGAUGAUAAGCGGCAGGGCGCGGUCUUUCGCGCGGCCGCCGUGGCACCCGUCUGCCGGAAAGAGCAAAAAGCCCUCCAGCGAUGCCGGCAAAUCGGAGGGCGCGAUUGUGAACGGGAGGCCCUUGAGACGAUUUAUUGUGGGAUGGUGUACUUAGUGCAGAGGCAGAAGGAGCGGCAACGAUUUGCCCCUUCCAUGGAAUAAGCGCGGAAUGAAUUCUCCAACACAUACAUACAUAUAUAGAUAUACCUAUAUCUAUAUGUACUUAGAUGUUUUUAGUCCGUACGAGUAACAACACGAUAAAGAGGCAAGGUCCGAAAGUAGUGGAAAGAUAGCGGCAGUAAGUGGUAAGGGGUUUGAUUGGUUAAUGACUGUCGUGCAAGUGGUAUUAACCUCUUGAUUCUGGGAAUAUUCUCUGAAGAGUCCAUCCUAUAGGUGGGGAAGGGGUUAGGGAAAGAGCCCCGUUUCUUAUCCUUCGAAUACUAACCUUUCUGGCUAUCUAUUCCUCCAGAAUACGCAUGAAAAACUGUACUAAAAAGACUAAAAUGCUAAAUAAACGUAUGUGAAUUAUGGUGAAAAUGAAGCGAGUUAAAAAACAUCACAUUAAAACAAAUUGUCUCAGUAAAAAUGCCUCAUUUCGUUCUCUAACGGCGAGCAUAAUGUCCUGACAGGAA